CUGAUAACAUUAGAAUUUUGCAAUAAUAAGUUUAUUUUGCUUGUCCUUUUGUAAAUCUGUAGAAAACAUUCCAAUUUUCAAGCGAACAAAAUUAAUCGUUUUUUAAAACCAAACUUUCGUUUUCUCCGGUCAAAAAUUUAUUCGUUCUUUGUAAUCUCUGGAAAACAGAUUCGUAUUCUCUCGUGAAAAAAAUUGUCAAAAUCUCUAGUGAAAUUUGUAGUUGCACUAUUUUUUGGCAUAUACGAGGGACUCGGGUGCAGCAUGGAAAGAAUGCUUAACCUGAAGAAGCCCGAGCAGGGAACUGGACUACAGGUUUUUCUGCGCCUGCGUCCCCCUCACAGACAAACCGUCAGCACAUCUUACACGGUUAACAAGGACGGAAACGAGCUCAUCACCAAAAGCGUGAAGUAUCGUUUAGAGAAACAUUUUGGUUUCACCUCCAUCUUUGACAGCUCGGUGGACCAGCGUGAGGUGUACGAGAGGUGCGUGGGCCCCCUUAUCGAUGCGGAAGAGGGUUUGACCAUUAUGAUGUAUGGAACCUCGGGUUCUGGAAAAACGUACACCUUGCUGGGCAACGAUGAGAGCAUCGGCAUUAUUCCCCGUGCCUUGAACCACCUAUUCACAAAUUGUCGUGACCGCAUUCAGCACAUUCCCAUAGUGAAGUUGAUCAGAGGCAACAUUACCGCUCUACAGGAUUAUGCUUCACAGAAGGAGCUUCAAGUUGGACAGAACGUUCUCGAUCAGUGCCCCGCAUUAGAUAGCACUACCUCUUUUGAGGACCUUGGCAAGGUUCGUGAAAAGAAGGAAGAUGGGGAUGAAGUUGUUUUUUUCUAUAUCUCCUUUAUGGAAAUUCACAACGAGGUGGUGUACGAUCUGCUAGCCAUGCCAUCCCAACGGUUCAGGAAAUUGAACGUCGUUUACAACAAAGGCGAGGUGUUCGUCGAAGGGCUGUCCAGUGUUUUUGUUACAAACGUGGAGGAUGCCCUGCGUCUGCUCCAACUGGGUCGGCAGCGUUCCACCUGCGCCGCCACACCGGUGAACGAUCGUUCCAGUCGGUCCCAUUGCGUUUUUACCUUAGACAUGCUAAAGUUCAACCGCUCCGGUUUUACCACUCGGGCCGCUUUUAAAUUCUGCGAUUUGGCCGGUUCAGAGCGUGUGCGUACCACGGACAGCACCGGUGAGCGCUUGGAGGAGACGAAGAACAUUAACACAUCGUUAAUGGUGCUGGGCCGUUGUCUUGACGCAGCCUGUAGCUUGAGUCAAGGGAGCAAACAUGUGGUUAUUCCCCAUCGGGAAUCUAAACUGACGUUGCUGCUCCAUGCUGCCCUGUUGGGCAAGGAGAAACUUAUUAUGAUGGUUGCUCUUCAACCGGUUGACAAUUUUUAUGAGGAGAACCAGAAUGUUCUCAACUUUGCAGCCAUAGCUAAAAACAUUGUGUUCCCUGAGGCGGUGACCAAGCAGCAAGUAGUUAGCAAUUGCACAGGCCCCUUGGAGCUUGCCAUAGUGCCAGUCGUCAGCAGGGAUGAGGUUCUUAAGCAAUUGGAAGAGGAGCACUUGCUUUUGGUAGAACGUGUAGCCAGUUUGAAAGCCCAGCAGGCGAUUCACUUGCAGGCGCUGAUGGAGUGUAAAGAGUUUUGCAAGAAAGAGCUGAUUUGCGCUUAUCUGGAAGUUCGUUUCGAGGCAGCCGCAUUAAGGCGGCAACUGGAAAGCGAAAUCAAUGCUCUGAUGAAAAGGUGUGAAAACCUAAUGAGGCAAAAUAACUCUAGCUCCGACCAGGAUAUUGAGUAAUUUGAUCGACUAGUUUGUGAAGUUUUAAAAUUGUAUGA